UUUGGUUGAGCGACCCUAGAGUCAGUGAAGGUAAAGGAGCAGGAAUAGCGAGAGGUGACCAAAUUCUAACCUAACCUUUACCCUUCGCCACUGGACCUCCCAGCGGAAGGCUCAGCAGGAGGACCUGGACCAUCGUAGGUGCAGUUACCACUCACAAUGGAGAGUCCAGACUGUCUGUUGGAUGUGAAGACGGAGACACCACCAGAGGAAGAGGCAUUAGCUGUUCUCCACUAUGAGGAGCAGAUCACAGAGUUACUUGUUGUUAUUGCUGAGUUGAAUCGGAAGAUUGACAGACUGACAGUAUCAACCAUCAGGGAGGAAGAUGAAUACCUGGACACUUUCUCAGACAUUAGUGACUCUCCGUAUCUUGAAAACAACACGUGUCUCCAUCCAGACCCAAGUCAACCAACAGUCUCCAAUUGCCCAGGACAACCUUGUCAACUACCAGGGAGUGCUGGUGAAUCCGGUGAGCUGUCACAGAAACUGCAGCAGGUAUUGACAGAGCUGGAGGAGACGGUGCGCACCCGCAGAACAGAGAUCGCACCGUGCUGUGCUGACCCUGGUGAGGAAGAGCAGUCAGCACUGGCACACUGGUCACUGGUCACUCAGACGAUCGAGGAGGUGGAGCGGGAGUUGGGUGUUGACCUGAGCCCUGAGCUGCAGGAGGAGAGGAGCCAAUGGGAGGCCGAACUGGAUUGUCUGAGGGAGAAGAAUCAACAUCUGUCUGACCAGCUUGUCCAGAAGAACCAGGAACUGUGGCGGGUUUCCAGUGCCCUCGCUGGGAUUCAGCAGGACAGGGACAAACUCCAGCUCAAGGCUGAUGACCUGCUGUCAUCUCUCCAGAGUCUGCAGCAGAACGUGACGACCUCACCACCCGCCAGCCCAUUCCCUAGUAUCAUGGACACGGGCACAACUGGAUGCAGCACAAUCAAUACUGAGCUUCAGGCUCUUGGGAACAAUGAUCCAGGGCUUAUGGUCGAAAGGUUGAUCCAGUCAUUCCAGGAUUGCUCUGGCAUCCAAGACAUUUUCCAGUUCCUUUGCAGAUACGGAUCCAACGUAUCCAGAGUAAGGAUCCAGGAUUCAGAAAGAGAAGCAGAUCAGCUGAGGAAGUAAGAAACUGGUUUAAUUCCAUGGAAUUCUCUGGAGGUGACCUUGCUAAUUAGACUGGGAUUUGUGACUAACCUUCCCGAUUCCUUGGGGAUAAUUGAGGUGGGCCCUGUUCAUCAACCGUGGGAUCAGGCAACGCAGGAGGAGGCCGGUUCGAUUAUCACUUUCAACUCUAUGACAUUUUACUGAACCAUCUCACCUCAUUCCUGCCCCCAGUAACUUUACCCCGGAUCACUUAUCUCUGGAAAUACAGCUACCUUUUUCAACAUAAUUAUCAAUUCUGCCUCCUUUCACAACUCACCGUGUGAGAAAAGCUCCCCUCAUUUUGUUUUCUGAAUGAAUUGUCUUAGAUUUCUCUCUCUCUCUCUCUCGCGUUACUGAACUUUCUGCUGCUGGAAACCAGUUGAGGUCUCACCAGUGAUUUAGAAAGGUUUAACAUAACUUGCUGGCUUUUGUUCUCUAUCCCCCUGUUAAUGUCAAGUGCUACUUCUAAACAAUCUUCUCAGCUUGUCACUGUUACCCUCAAUGACUUGUGUAAAUAUAUCCCCAGGUCUCUCUGUUCCUUCACCCUGUUGAAAAUUGAUCAUUUCAUUUGUAUUGCUUCAUCUCAAAUUUCUCAAAAACGUCACUGCAUACUCUACGACAUUGAUCUCAGUCAUCAGUAACUUUCUAUGUUCUCCUGAAGAUUGACCCUAUCCUUUAUUACAUUUCUGAGUGUUUUAUCACCUGUAACUUUUGAACUUAUCCUGUGUGCACCCAACUGCAGACAGUCGCAAAUAUUAGAAAGAGCAGUGAUCCAGAUACUGACCCUGAGGGAGCACCACUGCGUACCUCCCUCUCUGUCUGAAAAACACCAUCCUCC